AUGGCGGAGGUUCCGAUUGUACUUGACGGAGGAACCGGUUUCCUGAAGGCUGGUUAUGCGGGACAGAAUUUCCCAGACCAUCAAUACCCUUCAAUAGUCGGUCGCCCAAUCCUGCGUUCCGAGGAGCGAGAUGCCGGAGACAUCCAGAUCAAGGACAUAAUGUGCGGUGACGAGGCCGCAGCGGCACGCUCGAUGCUUCAGAUCACAUACCCUAUGGAGAAUGGUAUCGUGAAGCGAUGGGACGACAUGCAACACCUUUGGGACUACACUUUUAUGGAGAAGAUGCGCAUAGAUCCGACGGGCCGAAAGAUCCUCCUCACCGAGCCACCGAUGAACCCUCUCAAGAACCGCGAGCAAAUGGCGGAAGUUAUGUUUGAGCGCUACGGCUUCGGAGGCGUUUACGUUGCCAUACAAGCUGUGCUUGCUUUGUACGCUCAGGGUCUAUCUUCCGGUGUCGUCGUUGAUUCGGGAGACGGUGUCACGCAUAUUGUUCCGGUUUAUGAGAGCACCGUGCUCAACCAUCUUACACGCCGCCUGGAUGUCGCCGGUCGAGACGUCACCCGCAACCUGAUUGCGCUGUUGCUCCGAAGGGGCUACGCGCUCAACCGUACCGCCGAUUUUGAAACCGUUCGCCAGAUUAAGGAGAAGCUUUGCUACGUCUCAUACGAUCUCGAAUUGGACCAGCGCCUGAGCGAGGACACCACGGUGUUGGUCGAGUCAUACACGCUCCCCGACGGUCGUGUCAUCCGAGUCGGCAGCGAGCGCUUUGAGGCGCCUGAGUGCUUGUUCCAACCCCACCUUGUCGAUGUCGAGCAGCCCGGCAUGGCGGAAUUCCUUUUCAACACCAUCCAGGCGGCCGACGUGGAUGUGAGGAGCAGUUUGUACAAGGCCAUUGUGUUGAGCGGUGGCAGCAGCAUGUACCCGGGUCUUCCCAGCCGAUUGGAGAAGGAGUUGAAGCAGCUGUGGCUUACCAGGGUUCUUGGUGGAAACCCAGAGCGAUUGAAUAAAUUUAAGGUCCGCAUCGAGGACCCGCCCCGACGCAGGCAUAUGGUUUUCCUUGGUGGUGCUGUACUGGCAAACAUUAUGGCGGACAAGGAGAACAUGUGGAUAUCAAAACAGGAAUGGGAGGAGCAGGGUGUCCGUUCGUUGGAGAAGCUCGGAGCGAGAUAA